AUGGAACCUGAAUUCAAAUUACCUACUGUGGACCAUGUUGAUUCAUUUAUAUCUGCAGAAAUUCCAAACAGAAAUGAAGAUCUAGAAUUAUUCAUGCUGGUGAAAGAGUAUAUGAUACAUGGUCCAUGUGGUAAUGCUAGGUUGAGCUCUCCAUGUAUGGUAGAUAGGAAGUGUUCAAAAGGCUUUCCCAAAAAGUUUCAAGAUCAUACAACACUAGAUUCAAACGGGUUUCCAUUAUACAGAAGGAGAAACAAUGGUGCUUCUGUUGUGAAAAAUAAAAUUAACCUUGAUAACAGGAGUGUGGUUCCGUACAACAAAAAAUUAUUGAAAAGAUAUCAAGCUCAUAUCAACGUUGAAUGGUGCAAUCAAGCCGCCUCGAUAAAAUAUCUGUUUAAAUACAUUAAUAAAGGUCCUGAUAGAGCCACUAUACCUGUUGUGCAUGGUGAUAAUCAACCAAAAGAGCAACCACAAGACGAGAUCAAAGAGUAUUACGAUUGCCGGUAUAUAUCAGCUUGCGAAGCAUCUUGGAGGAUAUUUGCUAAUGAAGAACAUUAUAGAAGACCUUCUGUUAUGAGGCUUCCAUUCCAUCUACCUGGCCAACAACCUGUUGUUUUCGGCCCUGACGAGGAUAUUAACUCUGUUCUAAACAAACCGUCAGUUAAAUCUUCAAUGUUUCUAUCAUGGAUGGAACGUAAUAAAGACCCAAAUGACCUGUUGGCCCGUGAAGCUUAUUUUUUGAGAAUUAUUCUUAACAAGGUUAGAGGACCAACAUCGUUUGACGACAUUAAAACAGUUAAUGGUAAAGUUUACGAUACAUACAGAGAUGCUUGCUACGCACUUGGUCUUUUAGAUGAUGAUUCAAAGUAUGUGGAGGCAAUAAAAGAAGCAAAUUUAACUGGAAGCGCUUCAUACAUUCGGAAUUUAUUUUCUAUGAUGUUGUUAUUCAGUAGUCUUUCUAGACCUGAGGUUUUUUGGGAAAGUUCGUGGAGAUACAUGGCGGACGAUUUUGUUUACAGACUAGCAAAAUACCAUCGAUUUACAGCGUUAUCAAUUCCAGAUCACCAACUGAAGAACUAUGUUUUGUGCGAAAUUGAAAAGUUUUUAUUGCGAAAUAAUUCUUCGUUGCGAAGAUUUGAAUCAAUGCCAUAUCCGGAUAUGUCGUCUUCAGGUAUUUCAGAUUAUCGUUUGAUAUACGAGGAGCAGGCCUAUGAUACAACAUACCUUGGAAAUCUGUACGAUAGUCAAUUGACAAUGUUAACUGACGAACAACGCUCUGUUUUUGAAGAGAUUAUGGCAGCAGUAAACAGUGAUAACGGUUGGAUUUUUUUCCUUUAUGGGUAUGGUGGAACAGGUAAAACAUUUCUAUGGAAGACAUUGUCCACUACAAUUAGAUCAAGAGGUCAAAUCGUGUUAAAUGUGGCUUCAAGUGGAAUUGCAUCGUUGUUGUUAGAUGGUGGCAGGACUGCACAUUCCAGGUUUAGCAUACCGUUGAAUCUUAUUGAAGAUUCGGUAUGUAAUAUAAAACCAGAAAGUGAUCUGUCUAAAUUACUUCAUGAGACUAAAUUGAUAAUUUGGGAUGAAGCACCUAUGGUACACAAACAUGCAUUUGAAGCGCUCGAUAGAACAAUGAAUGACGUUUUCAACAUUGACACAUCUCUCAAUUCAGAAAUCCGUUUGGAGGUAAGACUAACAAGAAAUAUGAGGUUAACGGUUGGAACAUCUACAGCUGAUGUUGAUGAAAUAAAUACUUUUGGCAAAUGGCUUUUGGAUUUGGGUGAGGACGCCCAUAACUAUUUCAGUGACCGGGCUAUACUUGCACCUAAAAAUGAUGUUGUUCAUGAGAUUAAUGACAGGUUGCUAGCAAUGUUUCCUAGUGAAGAAAAAGAAUAUCUUAGCUCUGACAGUCUUUGUCCGUCUGAAGAUGUAAAUUCUACACAACAAAGACUUUACUCUCCGGAUGUACUCAAUGGUCUUAAAAUAUCAGGCCUACCAAAUCAUAGGUUAGUCCUUAAAGUUGGUGUUGCAUUGAUGUUAUUAAGAAAUAUUGAUCAACGGAAUGGAUUGUGCAACGGUACAAGGCUACAAGUAAAAAAGCUGCACAACCGUGUAAUAGAAGCGGAGAUAAUAUCUGGUUCAAAUAUUGGUACUUGCACAUAUAUUCCUCGAUUAAACUUGAUACCUUCUGAUAAAAAGAUUCCUUUUGCUUUUCAAAGGUGGCAAUUUCCACUGGCCGUAUGUUUUGCAAUGACGAUCAACAAAAGUCAAGGCCAGUCUCUUUCAAGAGUUGGUUUGUACCUCAAACAACCGGUCUUCUCUCAUGGUCAAUUGUAUGUUGCCUUAUCAAGGGUGAAAACAAGAAAUGGGGUCAAAAUACUCAUAUUUGACAACAACGGAAAACCUACAGAUAAAACAACUAAUGUGGUGUAUAAAGAGAUUUUCAACGAGUUGUGA